AUGUCGAGAUUAAUUAAAGAGCUUUUCCAAGCACCUCAAGUUAAUCCAAAAAACAAUAAGGCACUAUCAAUUCCAAUUUUAAAUCCAUUCAAUAUUUAUGGUAGAAAUUUUAAUUUCGCUUGGUUAGGAUUCUUUGUAUCUUUUUUAUCAUGGUUUGCUUUCCCUCCAUUAUUAGCUCAUAGUGUUAAAAAAGAUUUACAUUUAACCUCAAUUGAUAUUGCAAAUAAUAAUAUUAGUGGGUUAUCAGCUACAUUGAUUGCAAGGGUGUUAUUAGGCCCAGUGGUAGAUAAGAUUGGUCCACGUUAUACAAUGUGUAUUGUCUUGGUUGUCGGUUCAGUUCCAACUGCUUUAAUUCCUUUAGUUAAAAAUGUUGCAGGUCUACAUGCAAUUAGGUUUUUCAUUGGUUUAUUAGGUGGUAGUUUUAUUCCAUGUCAAAUGUGGACUACUGCAUUUUUUGAUAAAAAAAUUGUUGGUAGAGCUAAUGCCUUAGCUGGGGGAUGGGGUAACGCUGGUGCUGGUGUUGCCUUUUUUAUAAUGCCAGCUUUAGUUAAUGAUUUAGAGAGAAGAGGCUAUUCAAUUCAUGAACGUUGGACUUAUUCAUUUUUAAUUGGUCCUUUAAUCAUUCUAAUGGUUGUUGCUAUUGCAAUUUUUUUCCUUGGUGAUGAUUGUCCAGAAGGCUCAUGGAAUAAGAGAAGUGAUGUCUUGAAUAUUGGUGUUGAUGUUAGAAAAGUCGAUAUUGUUUCAAUUUCUUCAAAUCAUCCUGCACUUUCAAAUCAAAUGAGAGAAUCUUCAGAUAAUACAAAUAAAUCAUUGGAUGUUGUUCAAACAAGAGUUGGUGAAGUUGUUAAUUUGGAUGAAAUUAUUGAAGAUCCAUCUUUUAAAGAAUUUUUGAAAAUUACUUUCCAUUAUAGAACAAUGUUGACAGCAUUACCAUAUAUUACAACAUUUGGUGGUGAAUUAGCAGUUGAAUCAGUUUUAAGUGCUUUAUAUGUUCAAAGAUCCAAUCAUUUAUGGAGUGAAAGCUAUGCAGGAUCAUGGGGUUCAAUGUUGGGAUUAUUAAAUGUUGUAACAAGACCAUUAGGUGGUUAUAUUAGUGAUUUAUUAUAUGCUAGAUAUAAAAGCACCAGAGUUAAAAAAUUCUGGUUACUAUUCUGUGGAUUAAUGGAGGGGAUUUUCCUUUUAUGGAUUGGAUUAGUUCCAGCUUCAAAGUUAUCAAUUCAUGGAUUAAUUGGAGCAUUAGGGGUGAUGUGUAUCUUCAUGGAAGCUGGUAAUGGGGCCAAUUUUUCAUUAGUUCCACAUAUUAAUAAGAAACACACAGGUAUAGUUGCUGGUACAACUGGGGCCAUGGGUAAUUUAGGUGGUAUUUUAUUCUCGUUGGUGUUUAGAUAUAACAUUAAUUCUUCAGGAGUUAGUGAUUAUAUGAGAAGUUUUUGGAUCAUUGGGGUGUGCUGUAUAGCUAUCAAUGUUGGUUGUGGCUUUAUCCCUGUGAAUGAGGAUAGACCAGAUGAUUAUGAGGAAAAGAAAGAGGUUGAUGUUUGAUUUAAUUGAAGGUUUCUAGAAUGAUUCAUGAUUGUAGAUGACUCGAAUGAACUGGGGAUACAUCACCAUUAUGGCUCCUGAUGAUCCUAUGAUAAGGUGCCACCACUGUCCGUGCGUAUGUACGGAGAUCGAAGUAGACAAUACAUGUCUGUAUGUAAAAAGAUGGUUUGAUAAUUGUGGCUUUAAGUAUACAACCAAUAUUACUUAUGAAUAUUACAUAAUAUAUUACGUAAUUUAUUAUUCACGUGACUAUUAUCUAAUCCUUACCUAAUCACCACAGAAAUUUCUUUUUUCCGUGUCGCUGAGUGGCAAUAAACUUGACACAAUUUCAACGAAUGAGCAGUACAAACCAAGCACACUCAGUACAACGCAGAUAUAAAGAUAAUGGAUUCAUCAUUUGUGGAGGUUAUCAUCUUUUAAAC